ACAACGUCGCAGUGUCACAAAAAAGCAAAAAAGUUGAACAUUUAUGUUUAUCGCUUUUUGAGUUGGAGCAACAAAUAGUCGGAUUUGUGGGAUGCUGUAAAAUAAAAAUCAGGUACGCUCGUUUAAAGUAGACCAAGCCCUUUGGGCAAAAUCCAUUAAAAUGUCCCCAGUACCUUUGGAAGGCCACCAAACUCCUGUGGCAAAUAAUAUACCACAGGAGGGAAAUCGUGGAGGUUCCAUUUCACUCGGGAUGCUAAUUGACUUCAUUAUUCAAAGGACGUAUCAUGAACUGACAGUUCUUGCUGAAUUAUUGCCUAGAAAAUUGGAUAUGGAACGCAAAAUUGAAAUUUACAAUUUUGCUGCAAGAACGAGACAAUUGUUCGUACGUCUCUUGGCUUUAGUAAAAUGGGCCAACAGUGCCUCGAAAGUCGACAAGUCAGCUAGAAUCAUGGCUUUUUGUGAUAAGCAAUCCCUCCUUUUUGUGGACACUGCAGAUAUGUUGGCAAGAAUGGCGCGUGAAACUUUGGUUCAUGCAAGGCUUCCAAAUUUUCACAUUCCUGCAGCUGUUGAAGUUUUGACAACUGGAUCUUAUAGUCGAUUACCUGCUUGCAUAAAAGAAAGAAUAGUACCUCCAGAUCCUAUAACUCCAGCAGAGAAGAAAAGCACUCUUCAAAGGCUAAAUCAAGUUAUUCAACAUCGUCUCGUUACUGGAAAUCUACUUCCUCAAAUGAGAAAUUUAAAGAUUGACGCAGGAAGAGUGACUUUUCUCGUAGAACAGGAAUUCUCGGUAGCCCUUACAGUUAUGGGUGAUGGACCAUCGGUUCCCUGGCGUUUAUUAGAAUUAGAAAUCUUAGUAUCUGACCGAGAAACCGGGGAUGGAAAAGCAUUAGUCCAUCCUCUGCAAACUCGAUAUGUGCAUCAGGUGGUCCAAGUGAGACUCGCUGAAAGUGCAGAUCCACUCUCGGAAGUCUAUCACAUUUUGCACUUUUUCUGCCAAUCACUACAACUCGAAGUUUUGUAUUCGCAAACUUUACGGUUAAUCCGAGAUAGAUUGGACGACCAUGUUCAUGUGGACGAAUACAUGCCUGGAAAAUGCCUUUCUGUUUCCUACUGGAGAGAAUUGACGAGUAAAGAUCCAAAAUCAGAGCUGGGAUAUAAAAUGACGAUUCAAGUUGAUCAACACGAUCCUGCAAGGCCACUGUCUGUUAUUCAUGUUCCUUCGCUAGGCAGCAAAGAAUCGGAAAUAGCAGACCGAGCUAUCAGAUCGGACCAACUUUCGAUGGAAUGUCUUCUCGUUCACACGAUUUAUGUUAGAACACGAAGCCGACUUUCUGAUUUGAAACAGGAACUUCAAUCAAUGUUGAAGGAUGUCGAAUGUACACUUCAAGGAUCUCCAGCUAUUUUACAGAUUCCAAUUCUGCAACCUUGCCUGCGAGCAGAGCUGCUUUUGGUUACGGUCGACACUCACACUGGAAUGCUUCAGUGCCACGUUCCUCAAUAUGAUGCUCCUCUUGUUCCAGAACUUACAUCUGCUCUUAAUACGGAUCAUUCUCGUCUUCCGAAUUUGAUCUCGGAAUUAAGGUAUUGGAUUACUCAGAGGCGAUGUGAAAAGACUUUACAGCACUUGCCUGCUACACCUCAUGAACGUCUGCCUCUACUUUUCCAUGCAGAUCAUCCGAUGUCGAAAAUUAACAAGCAUAGAAUGUUUAUCCAACUUCACAGACAUCCUACGAUAAUUCUCAUCGUAACAUUUAAGGAGAAGGAAUCGUCGCCUUGCGAAAUUGAAUGUUCCUUUUACAUGGCAGUCGUUAAACACAGUUCGAUCGAAGGCGAUCCGCACGAUGAUAGCAUAGAGGCAGAGAUUCCUAAAAUGUAUCUGAAAGUACAAAGCCUAAUUGAAUUCGACACUUUUGUAACAACGCACGGGCCAUUUACGAGUGUCGAUAGUGGGAAUAAUGAUCAAGAUGGGGGGUGCAUUACAGAAGUGGUGGAGAAAGGUUGCAACAAGCGAAGAAGUGGCACCACUGGCGGUAGAACUGAUGCCGCUGGCAGUCCACAAAAUAGAAGACCAAAACAUCCCGCUUAUUUUAUCCCUGAAUUAGCACACGUUGUGGCAUUUUGCGACGAGCGAAUACCGUUCGUUACACUUGCGCAGGAGCUUACAAAAAGAGAAAUAGCGCACCAGGGACUGCAAGUGGAAGCACAUGCCACUGCCCUAGUAUUAAAACUUGUCCAGUUGCCGGCACCAUCUCCGAAUAUUCCAACCAGUAGUGCUUGGCAUGCCCUUCUCAAAAGAUUGCUUAGCGUUGCAAUACGAGUCCAGGCGAAAGGAAUGGCCAAGACUUGGAUGGCCGAGUUUGUCUUCUAUGGAAGUCCUCUUUCUAGCAGUCAUCCGAAAGAACAAGGUUUGCGAAGGCCAGUUUACUUCCAGUACGAAAUGCUGACAGCAGAGAAUGUAAAUCGCACGGUCGACUCGCUUUUGAACGAUUGGGCCCAAAUCGUUCAUUUGUAUACGAUUGUUCACGACCUUGCCGAAUACUUCAAGAUGGAAAAGUACAAUCUCCGGAGCAUGGUGACAAUCAAGUCGUACAGCUACAGUAAAUUGGUUAUCGCCUACGGCGCGAAUCGUGGUACGACUGUUUCUGUUCAGUGGAGCAUAAAAGACAAAGCCUUCAAGUUGAUUUUCGGUAAAAGCGCAUCAAACACAAACAUGAACGCGCACUCGCUAAUGAAGGAGCAGCUCGAGGCGCAUUUGAACCAACACCGAAAUCUGGCUCAAAUUAUUCAUAUUCUAAACGAAACUCUUCAACCUCUGACCUCCAUCAGCAAAUUACCAACACUUUUGCAGCUCUGUGUACAUAAUUCUAGGCCGCAAAUUCCAGUACAAACAUUUACGAUAAUGCCCCAGUGUGUUAGUCUUGUAAGGAUAGCGUAUUUGGGAAUGUAUUGUCUCGAACUGAGACUUAGAGGGGGCGGACUUGUAAGUCUGCGCGAUGGAGCUUACAGCCGCUUCGACAGGAGCAAUGUCGUUGACGAAUUUACACCAACUCAGGCAUUAAAGUCGUUCUUAUCGAAAUACGUCGACGAGAGUGCAGUUUACCGGAGGAGGUCACAAUCAGAAGAUGAUAAUCCUCCAUCUCCGGUGACGAUGGAAAGCGAGGGAGGAAAUGUUGGAUUUUUGGGUCACCAUCGAGGAGGACCUCAAUCUCCAGCUCAGCAGAGGGACAAUUUACGAUUUCAUCCGCCUCUAACGCCACCUUCUGGAAGCAAUCCUCACACUCCUGCGAGUCCCCAUACUGCAAAUAUAUCCCAGGCAAGUCAGCAUCAAAGUUUCGGCAGCAGUCCAGCGACUUCCUUCAACUUAGCCUCACCGCCAUCCUUACCUCCCAAUACCCCGAAUAUGUUACCACACCCAUCACCCGGGUCCGGAUUAGUAGCCAACAGUCCCCUGAAUCAAAUGCACGUACCGAGUCCUGCCGGUCUCAUGCCAACCUCUUCCCCUGGACCUUGUAGCAACGUUCAGGUUGGACAUUCACCUGCGAGCUCGUUCAUGCAAACUGGUCACAUAGACGGGAGUCCUUUCCCUUCAUCACAGAGCAUGGCUUCGCCAGCAGCGUCCAACUGGCCAGGAUCUCCAAGUGUACCGAGACCGUCUCCUGCGAGACCUGGUCAAAGUCCAGGUCAUAUUGCACUCCACAGUCCACAGGCUGCCGAACACAAAGCUGUUAAUCACUUACCUCGAGUCCUACCUCAAAGAUCCUGGGCAGGAGCUGUGCCCACUCUUCUAACUCACGAAGCUCUUGAACUACUUUGUGCCCCAUCUGCACAUCCUUCCGGACUACCAGGACCAGAUAUGUCGCCUUUAGAAAGGUUUUUGGGCUGCGUUUACAUGAAGAGGCAACUUCAGCGAUUUAUCCAAACGGACGAAUCUUUAACUGCUAUCAGCAGUACAGAACCGGGAUUGGUGCAUUUCAAGGUGGAAACGCUACAGUGCAAAGUUGUACUAAAUCCUCAACAUUUACAAUCACUCCACAUCAAAGUUCAACCUGUCGAUGUACAUAAGGAUCAGUGGAGUCUCGAAGAAACCCAGACCCUUGAAAAGUUCUUCGACACACGAGCAGCAGCGCCGCCCUAUAAACCCAACGCACUGAGUGGUUUCGGAAAAAUGUUGAAUCUUCCAUUUAACAUCUUGAAGGACUUUAUUCAAAUAAUGAAACUCGAGCUCUAUCCCUCAUUGGCACAACAGCAUCAAUUAAAAUGGUCAGUGCAAUGGUGUUUGCGGGUUCCACCUUCCGCACUCCCUAUUAUUCCAAUUGGUAUGGCCUCCGUUGUUGUCUGCAAAACAAGAGUCCUCUUCUUUUUACAAAUAACGAGAAUUGGAGUUAACUAUCCAGAGCCUCCCUCGCUCGUGCUGCCGUUAGUCUACGAUGUAAGCACAAAUUUAUUGAGUCUUGCUGAGAAAAGAGAUGCGGGAGGACCGGCCAUAGCGGCAGCGUCUAUGCAAUUAAAAAGAUUCGCUGAGUAUACGACGAUUCAUUCGGAGUGCUCCAUUUUCCCAGCUGUUAGGGAUCUUCUUGCUAAUCUUAUAUUGCCUUCUGAACCUUCCGUGCAUUCUCAGCAAGUGGUAGGGCCAAUGGGUGGCGGACAAGUGUCUCAGAACCAACAAAUCCAAAGUCCAGCGAUGCAGCUUCACUCUCCAAUGGCUCCAGGUCAGGUGCCACAACAGGGACCUUAUGGAAUCCAAGGAAUGCCACCAAUGGGCAUGAUGGGUGGACCGCCCCAAUAGGAUUUGCUUUACUCUCCUAAUCCCGUCUGUCUACCGAACACAAAUCCUCCAUGGAUCAAUUAAAUCAAUGUGUUCCAAAGACUCACACGCGCUGGGAAUUAUUAGGAGAGUAAUUGUCUGCAUUUUUCAUGGCCUUGGAAAAAAAUACUCGUGGUCCAAAUAGAAUCAAAGAUAUUGUAUAUAUGUAUAAAUAAGUGGAGGUGGAUCAGUCCGCUCCUUUUCACUAUUAUAUAUAAUAUCUUUGCUGCAAUCAACCAACUCAACGUUUAAAUCUCGACUCAAUAUUAACAAAUGAAAUAUAUUUAUUUCCUUUUAUUUUCUUUAUCCGUGUAGCUACGUAUUUAUUUAUCAAUCAGCAAUGAGCCGAGGUUUCGUGUCCGUAGAGAGGAAGACAAAAAUAUUACUGGAAAUUUAGUUUAAAUUAGUAAGUUUGGUCGAUUUUAAUUCUGUUGGUGUGAAUUUUCACCAGAGUUCUUUGUGAAACUGCAGGUUUUCCUUGCCUUUUCAAUGAGAUUUUUUACAAAUGUGAACUAUAGAAAUCAGAAUAUAAAAUUCAUACUAUAGCAAUCCGUUUAAGACUGUGAUACUAUCCGAAACGAUAAUCGCGAUAGGACGAGUGCAACACUGUUUUUUCGAAUGGCACGCUCGUGUGUUAUUUUGGAAACAUAUGCCACAGUAUUUAAGCAACAAUUUUUAAAGUAUAGUGUCAGAACUGAAAUGGCAUCUCGAUUAAGAGAAGAGUAUACAUUUAUAAAUAAAAUGAAGGAUACAAGUAUCGUUUUUAGAUCGUAAUUGUAAAUAUUCGUACGAAUAAACUAAUGAAAUGUGAAAAUAAAUCUA